GUACAUGCUGUGGUCAGAUAUUCUCUCAUUACAGGUAAGGGAACUAUCUUAACUUCCUAGCUGAUGAAAGAGAUACAUGUGUACAUGCUGUUGUCAGAUAUGCACUCAUUACAGGUCAUAUUGAUCUGUUGAAUGAGAUGCCAAUCAAAAGUUCACCUUUCCGCGAUGAAUAUUUAGAUGGUCGACGAGAGACGCCAUUCCACGUCGUUACAAAGUAUAAAUACACAGAAGAUGUUAAUCUCAUGGUUAAGGUUGCCAGAGUUCUUAUUGGGAAACAAUUUACAGCUAGUAUGAUGGACAAGGACAAGUGUUUAGCUAUAGAUUAUGUGUCAGAAGAUCGGCAGAAGCCCUUGUAUGAUGUCCUUGCUAAGGUUUCUUGGAAGGAAAUGCAACACCUAAUUAGACAAGAUAAAACAGCAGCAAAAAAUACAUCUGUACAUGCUCAGUCAAGCGUUCCAAAACCUAGGAAUGUUGGUCACCAAGGGACACAGACAAGACCAAAUGAUCCUCAAGUAUUUAAAGACAGACAGGCUACACAGGCAAGACAAGUUGAUCCACAAGUUCUUAAAGAAAGAGGGAAUGAAGAAUUCAGAAAUGGAAACUAUUUAGCUGCAGCAGAAAUAUACACUGAAGCUAUCGGUAUACAGAGAACCAAGAUGAAAGAACAUGUUCAUCAUAGUAGAGAUCUAGCUAUAUUAUAUGCUAAUAGAUCAGAAUGCUUCUUAAAGACGUUUGUAUUAGAUAAAGCUUUGGAGGAUGCUAUGGAGAGUGUGUCGUAUGAUGGUCAUUGGUUCAAAGCACAUAUGAAGGUUGGUAAAGUUUUAGGUGCCAAACAGAAUCAUGAAGGUGCUUUACAGGCCUACACAAAUGCUCUCAAUGAACUGGCAUCAGAAACAUCCCCAGAGAAAUCACAGCGAGAAAUACUGGCUUCCUAUUGUUUCCAUUACAUGAACCUGGAUAAUCGCAAAUAUCCACUUAAUAAAGUGAAAAAUCUAAAAAUAGCAACUCACACAUGGGCUUUGGUCACUUAUGACUUCAUUACCAAUGGUAAUUGGAAUUUAGCCUCAUUCUCUUACAUACAAUUUAGAGAUGAUGAAGCACCAUGCAUAAAAAUUGAAAGAGUUAACCUUCGACCUAUAUGUGAAUUGCAAUAUGUGAAGAAUUGUGCGUGGUGUAUUGACCUGCUGAGGUACUUCCUGAUUUGUGGAUCAGACUACAAUACCAUGACAACCUACACUGGUGACAGAUAUUUCCAUGCUACAAUAAGAUUGUGUAUAGCUUCAGAAUCAUUUGGUCUGAUAGAAUAUGUACUUCCAAAAAUAGUGGUACCAAAAGGAGACCAGAAUUUGCAAGAUGACAAAGGAAACACAGCUCUUCACACUAUCACAAGACACCAAGCAGUUGAUUGGAGGAUUAGGCUUCGAUUUGUUAUCAUGUUGAUUGAAGCCGAGGUCAAUCCACUUACCAAAAAUAAUGAAGGGAAAUAUGCAAUAGUGUACCUUCCAAGAAAUGAAGAAAGAGCCAUAGAAAUUCUUGCUACUGUCAUGAGGCAACAAGAAGAUGUAGAAAGGAUGAUUCAGCAGCAAAAAAUUCAGCAGCAACAAGACGCUAGAAAACAAAGCCAGAGCAAACCUACUUCAGCUACGCCUCAAGGGAGACAACCACAAACCAACAGACGACAGGAAGAUGAUGCAUGGAAACAAUCCUAUAUGCCUAAACAACCCUCAAGGCCAGCCUAUGAUAAAUGUCGUAAAUGUGACGAGGUUCUGGAGGAAUGUCGCACAAAAAUCAAAAACAGGACAGGGUAUGCCUACUUUGACAUGGCGAAAGUGAUCAGAGAAAACAAUCAUAAUAAGGAGAGACAUCAGAAGAUUGUAGACGAGAUGCUGUGUAUGAUUACAGAUUCUAUUGCUAAAACUCUUAAUCCAGAAAUACCAGAAAGAUUGGCUAAGAUACCUGACAAGUACUACCAGAGAAUUGUGACAGGACUAGUGAAGGGAGAGAACUGGAGGCAGUUAGAUGUUGUAGUUGAUGAACAUAGGAAACAUCAUGGUCAAACUGAUCUCAUGGAUUAUGCCAAGGGUAUCAAAUUACCAAGAGUCAUUAUUCAUUCCUCACUCAAAGGAUCUCACCAGCUUCUGACAAAAAUCAUUGAAUCCAUGCUCAAAAGUGGUGCUGUAAUUGAAAAUGAGGGCAAGAGAUGUAUACAAGCAGCUGUACAAGAGGAACAAUUUAAAGUACUGGAGACUUUAUUUAGCCAUGGAGCCUGUCCAUCACAUCUGUCUGUCAACCAGGGAGACACACCCAUCCAUGCUGCAUUAUCUAUAGCAAUUGAAAGGGACAGAGGGAAUUUCUCUAUUUUCAACCUGUUUUUGGAAAUGUUUGAAAAAGAUUCAGAAAAAUACCACAUGUUAGAUCCUAAUGAGCAGGAUAAAAAUGGAGACAGUCUAUAUCACCUGUUGGCUAAAAUGAAGUAUAAUUCUACUGUACAAAAAGCAACAGAACUUCUCUGUGACAAGAAAAUCUCGUCAAAUGUCAAAAACAAUGAAGGCAAACUUCCAAUUCAUUAUUUAAAUGCUAAGAAUGACCGAAGGCUUCAGUUCUUUAGAUUAGCAUCUGUUGGUGGACCAACCAAAAUUUCAUCCAAAAAAACAAAGGCUACAGGACAGCAGAAAAAGUCUGCCAAAACCAAGGUAGAAAACGAAUCAGAACAAAAUGGAGGAAUUAUAGAGGCUGAAGCAGAAGAUCUUCUGCAAUAUGAAAGAGCAGAGGAAGUGCCCACUGUUGUAGAAAAACCUGUCAUCAGAGCACCGUUAAGAAAAGAAGCUCUGAGGAGGAGAAUUGAGGAGCUGAUUUAUGGUCUGGAUGAUGUGGCUUACAGUAAAUACUCCAGUAGAGCUGAUAAUUUAGAGAAACCCAGUAAAAAGUCCAAAAUGGAUAAAGCAGAAUCUCAGACACCAAAACCCCAGGAUUCAGAUAAUGUACCAGUUACUGUGGAACCUACAGUAAACCAGGAACCAGAACCAUUGCAGCAGGAAAUAGAUCAAGACUUAGAUGAUGAUGAAGAGGAGAGUAUAGAAGAACAGUUCCAGUUUGAUCCACAAGUGUUUGAAAAUUUAGAAUGGGAAGUUGAAUGUACUGCUGAUGUAUGGAAAGCCUUGAGGGACAAACAUGUUCUCCCUGAAUUAAAACAAAGAAUUGUUUGUAAGAUUCAGCAUCUGGCAGCUGGCGAGUGGACUCAAAUUCUGUGCAAGAAGCUCCAUCAUGUUCCUGAAACACUACGGCUGUAUGAAGCUAAGAUUACCAAAGGAGGUAGAAUUAUAUGGGAACUUGCCAUUGCCUUUUCUCCAAGAUUGAGUGAGUCGGCAGAAAGAAUUCUUGAAUGCAAUGAAGAACAAUUGUCAGAUCGUCCAGUUAAAGGUGGAAAAAUAUACUCAGAAAUUAUAAGAGUAUGGGACAUAGUCUUUGACCAUGACAAAAUAUACAAUUCUGUUCAAAGAAUUGUAAAAUCUCACACAAGAGGUGAGUCUUGCAUCAUACAGAAAAAGCUGAAGGGUGUCAAACAUGAACAGUAUUCUAAUAAAAAGAAAAGAGUUCCUAGAAUCUAUGCAGAAACAGACCUUGAAAAGAGUGUCUUGGAGGAAGUCAAGCAGUACUUUCCGCCAGCAAGUGCCAACGAAACAGAAUAUCACAUUCUUAAGUUUUAUUCUUUCUCUUCAAAUCUUAUUUCACACAUUUUACAGAACAUUGAAAUCAAAGUAGACUUUCCAUUCCGUGUGACAGACUUGGAACAUGCCAUCAUUAAUCUCCAGUCAAACGCACCUAUCCUUUUACUAGGUCGUAGUGGUACAGGCAAGACAACCUGUUGCCUGUAUAGAUUAUGGAGUAGGUUUUUAUGGUACUGGACAAAAGCUAAGGAGGCUGAUGCUCCACUGUUACCUAGAGGUGAUAUCUACAGGGAGCAGAGGAACCAAGAUGAGGAGGAAGAGGACCCAGAGGAAGUUGAUGACAUGCUGGUGGAGGAAGAAAAUGUACCUCUGGACAGACAAAUAUCUGGAGGAAGUCAAGAGGGAGCCACUGCAGCACCAGAUAAUGAAAAUGAGGCUGAAGAAGUCAAUGAUGCAAAUGGACAAAAAUAUGACCAUUUACAUCAAGUCUUCAUCACCAAAAAUGCUGUAUUAUGUAAUGAAGUCCAGAAAAACUUUAGGGAACUUAUGCAUGCCUGUGAUCUAGCUAAAAAUCAUUUAGAAGCAGAGAAUCAAAAUUUGCCUAAUCGUUUUCAAGAUUUGAACGAUUAUCAGUUUCCUUUAUUCGUAACCUCUCGUCAGUUAUUGUUGAUGCUAGAUGCAUCAAUAGAUGAACCUUACUUCUUUGAUAGAACCGAAGAUGGUAGUUUGAAGGUUGAUAUUCAAGGAUGGACAGAUGGAGAUGGGCCUCUUAGUAUUCUUCCACUUCUUCAAGAAGAUUCGGAUAAAGAAAGUGAUAGUGAUGAUGAUGAAGAAGAAGAAGAAGGAUUGGACGAUGAUCAAGAUAAUCUAAACCAAGAUCGUCAAAACAGGAAAAGAGUACCUCCACGAAGAGAAUUGACAUAUGAAUUAUUUGCUGAAACAAUAUGGCCGCACAUGAAUAAAGGUAUUGGAAAGAAAUAUCAUCCUUCACUUGUCUGGACAGAAAUAAUGUCAUUUAUAAAAGGAUCAUAUGAAGCUUUAUCCAAACCAACAGGAUACCUCGAGAAGGAAGAGUACUUUGACCUUGGAAGAAAAAGAGCACCUAAUUUCUCUGGAGAAAGAGAACAUAUUUACACUUUGUUCAAACGCUAUGAACAUGCGAGGAAACAAAAAUUCUUGUUUGACGAGACAGAUCUUGUUCGUAACGUGUAUCAGCGUGUGUGCAAACAACAUGAUUUGAACUGGGUGAUUCAUCAAAUAUUUGUUGACGAAACUCAAGAUUUCACUCAGGCUGAGCUUUGUUUACUUCUGAGAUUGUGUCAGAAUCCCAAUGAUAUGUUUCUGACAGGAGAUACAGCUCAGGGCAUCAUGAGGGGAAUAUCCUUCAGAUUCAGUGAUCUCAAAUCUCUCUUCUUUUAUGCUAGUCAUUCAUUACAGGCCAUGGGAAAAACUUCUGGAGUAGCAAUUCCUAAGCAAGUAUACCAGCUGACACACAACUAUCGUUCACAUGCAGGAAUUCUGUCCCUUGCUUCUAGUAUCCUUGAUGUUAUGGUUGAAUUUUUCCCAGAAUCCUUUGACAGACUGAACAAAGAUCAAGGACUCUUUCAUGGACCACAACCAGUCUUGUUAGAAUCCUGUAGCUUCAGUGAUUUGGCGCUGUUACUCAGAGGAAACAAACGUAAGACCUCUCACAUCGAGUUUGGAGCUCAUCAAGCCAUCUUGGUUGUUAAUGAUGCAGCAAGAGAGAAUGUUCCAGAAGAACUUCAGUGUGGUCUGAUAUUGACAAUAUAUGAAGCUAAAGGUCUGGAGUUUGAUGAUAUUUUGCUCUACAACUUUUUCAAGGAUUCACAGGCUUCAAAAGAAUGGAGAGUUGUUACAGAUUUCUUGGAAAGACUUAGUAACAAUGUGAAAACUGGAACAGAGAGUUUGGUCACAGUAAGUACAGAAAUUUUGCAGCAAAAGGACAGACCAAGAGCCUUGACCUUUGACCCUAACCAACAUAAAGUUCUGAACUCUGAACUUAAGCACCUGUACACAGCAGUAACACGGGCAAGGGUGAAUGUGUGGAUCUUUGAUGAAGAUAUGGAUAAAAGAGCACCCAUGUUUGAAUAUUUCAAAGCUCGCCAUCUGGUCAAGGCCAUCAGUAGUGAUGAUGUUCAAAAUUUAUCCACUAAUGGAAUGUUUGCUGAAGAAUCUACCCCAGAAGAAUGGUUAAAAAGAGCACAAGACUUCAUGAAACAUAACUUGUAUGAAGUAGCAGCUAAAUGUUAUCGACAAGGAGGUGAACCUUUGAAGGAGAAAGUAGCAAUGUCUCAUCAGAGUGCGCUGAAAGCCUCCAGAAUAAAGGACAACCCUGCAAAAAUGAGAGAGGAGUUUAUGUUAGCUGCAGAACAGUAUUUAGAAGUCAACCAUCCCGGUUAUGCUGCCAAGUGCUUACAGAAUGCCAGAGAGAGGGAACUUCUAGCUCAUCUAUAUGAGAAAAUGGGUCAGCUUGAAAAAGCAGCUGAAACAUACAGAAAGUUGAGACGUCCAAUAGAAAGCAGUGCAUGUUAUGAGAGAUUGGGAUUCUUUGAUAAAGCUAUAGAUACUUUGUAUGAACAAGAAAUGUAUGACAUGGCAUUUGAUACACUCAAAAGAUUCAGAAUGCAGAAAAAGGAAUUUGAAGAGAAAGGUAUGGUUCUACCACAACAUUUGAAGGAGCAUGCUCCACGUAAGGAGCACACAGAGGAACAGUUAGCUUAUGUAUCUGCUGGGAUGUAUCAUACUGCCAAGAAUGUUGGAAAGAUGUUAGCAUCAUUAAACAGAUUGUCCAGUAUCCAGGACAGAGUGGACUUCUUGAGGAAGCACCAUAACCAUCAGAAUGAAUACAUGUCACAUGCAGCUAAAAUCCUCAGAGAUAAUGGACAAGAGAAUGAUGCUGCCCAAAUAUAUAUAGACCAAGGACAGAUAGAUCAGGCACUGCUAUUGGCUAGAGAUUUAGGUAGAAAGGAUUGGAUUGGUUACUGUUUGGUUGUAGAAUCACAAAUUCAGACUAGCAUUCAGUUUGAUGGAAGUGCCAUUUCUGCAAAGAAAGAAGAAGUUGUGGAAAAAUUGAAAGAAGCUUUUGAUCUGUUCAAAAACUUGCAAGAAUAUAAUUGUUACAAGUAUGGAGAUUCUCAGAAUGGAGCUGGGGAAGCAAGUCUUUUGUUGGGUCAACUGACAGAUGACAUAUCUUGGAUGCAACUUUCAUGGGGACAUUUUAAUAAGGCCAAACCAUAUAGAAAUGAAGUAGCUCAAUUGGAUUGUAUGAAUUGGAUGGUAUACAACUCUGAUCUUGCUGACAGACAAAAUCUGUUCCAGGUUGUCAAAGGAAUGCAAAAUUUAUAUGGUGUGCUGAAAGUCUUAACCAAACCAGGUCUUGAAGACAAACAUAGGCUAGGUCAGAUUCUAAGGUUUUGUGGUCUGGAAAAUAAAACUGAUGCAGAAUUGAUGUGUAAUCCAACUUUGAAACCAAGAAUUCUGGGAGUGUUGAAAUCACAAGGUACAAAUAUUAAUGAAAAGCUUAUGAAGUUUGAAAUUUCUCAACAGAAAGCCAGAUUCAGUAUUGCACAGGAUUUUUUGAUCAAAGGAAAACAUUGGUACAACAGAUUAUGUUUAGAGUUUGAAAGGCAACACAAGAUGUUAGGACAAUGUUCACUGUUCAAUAUUGGUAUUAAGGAUGAGUGUCAGACACCAUGUUCUAAGGGACUUCACAGCAAGUUGACAGAUGCCAACUUUAGAAAGUUGAUUGAAUUAGAUAUUCUUUUUGUUGAACUGGAAUAUUACGUUAAAUCUGGAGAAGAAGCUAUUUCAAUUUUGCCAAAUGAGUUUAAGCAGCUACAAGAAAUAUUCUUGACUCCAAAAGAUAAGGAGUUUGUGUCCUGCAAGCUUUUAUUAAGCAGUUUACAUACAAGAUUUUGUCAGAAAGAGGGCAUUGCUAUUUCAACCAAUAGUGAAGUAUUUCACUGGAAGAAGACCUUGAGACAAAAGAAGUAUUUGAGAAUGCAACUGGAAAGUAUGUUAGGAGCAAGGUAUGACAGGGUGAGAGACAAAAACAAUAAAAUGAGAGAGAAAAAUGUGGAGCUUUUCAUGAAUAUUAUAUUUAUUAUGAAUUUCUUCAAUAUUCCAACCAUUCCAUUGUAUAAGAUAUUGAGGCAAUUUGAACAGGAUCUCCUUUCUGAAUACAGAAAUAGAAGCAUAUCACCUAGAUCCUUGGAAGAGCUAGGAUUUAUCCUGGAAAAGGAUUUAGUUCACUGUUUGGGAAGACAAUUUCUUGAAUCUUAUGAACACCUUUCAAGCGCAAACAAUAAUCCAGAUGGUGCCCUGAGAAAAUUUUCAAAAUUUCUUCAGUUGGAGAGAAAAAAGAACCAUGAACCGAUGUUACCAGACUUGAAUCUUCUGAUGAUGUGGAUUGAGUUCUUUUCAGUAACAGCUUUUUGUUUGGAGUGUAAAUUUACAACCAGAGAAGAGAUGUCCUUUGUCAUUCCAGCAUCAUACCUUUCCAUUGUUAAUUUUGUAGAUGCCAGUUUCCUUGGUGAACAGGGAGUUCCAACCUUAGAAGCUAUAAAUAGAUAUAGUCAUUACCUUGAGCAGGAUCUGGUAAGAAACAAGACAGAAAGCCUUGUUGCUAUUUUGGCUGGUACAGAUAAGAAAAUGAACAUAAUCAAUUUGGUAUUUCAAAGAUUGACAGAAAGUAUGAAAUCAUUUGAGCCCCUAGACAGUAUUGAAGAAGACUUUAUUACCAGAAAACAUGAAUAUUCAAAGGAAAGGAUAGAAAGUAUUACAAUUGCAGAAAGGGUGCUGGUGGCAAGCUUGGUCUUUGUUUGCAACAUGGGGAGCACGGUAUUUAAAGUGUCAGAAACUCAUGUAAUUGGGGAGAUAUGUAAAAUUAGGCUCCCAGAACAUUGCCCCGAAAGGUUAACACAGGCAAUAAGAGGUGUCCAGAAGGCAAAUGGCAUAAAAGAUAUUGUGGUUUGUCUGAAAUCCUUACUUGAGCAGAGAGAGGAAAAACUGUUACAUUGUUGGUGGCAGCCAUGGCUGAAUCGUCGUCAUGGUAUUGAAAUAGACACUGACAUUGAUAUGUCAAUAUUUCAGGACUCUUUUUUUCUUCCUAAAACUAGAGAAGUUGUUGUAGAUCCAAAUACUUUCAUUGCUAGCCAAACAAACUUUGGGGAAGAAGAAACUGCUUUAUCUACUGAAGAAAAGGAAAAAAUAAGAGCAGAAUAUGUCUUGUAUGAAGAGCAACAAAAAAAGAAAAAAUCAGCUCAAACCAUUCUCAACUUCCUAAAACAUGUAAAAUUCUUGUCUAAUUGCCAGAAUUUGAGAGAACUCUGUGAAAUAGAGCAAGAUAAAAUGGACAAAUCCAAAUCAGUUGACAUUUUCAGAGAUAUUAUUGUGAAUGAUAAAAUAUGUGGUAUUUGUGGAGUGUAUUUCAAACCAGAGGAAAGAAUUGUUGAGAGGGAACAAGAACCAGUGGACAGUGAAUAUCCUGUUCUGAACCAGCCUACCUCUCCUACUGCACCUGGUAAUAUUCUUCAGAAAUGGUUUAGUGACAUUAAAAGCUUUGUUGUAGAUCCUAGCAAAGAGGCUGCAACUACAUCACAAGAAAUAGGAGAAAGUUAUUGUGGAUUGACUCCAUUACAAAAACAUGAGAGAUCAGAGAGUCAUUUAAGUAAACAGCAAGAGUUCAAACUUUUCCAGGGUGCUUACAAUAAUUACCUAAAGAGAGACGUGGAUAAAAUGAAAGCCUUCAUAGAAAUGUAUGAACUGAGGUCUUCUAGAAUCAAGAAACUAUAUCCAGAUUGUACAUUGGAAAUUGCUCAUACAAUAAGAUCAUAUGACACUGUUGUUAAACAAAUUAAAUACAUUUUGGAAAAUAGAGACUGGAGAGACCAACAUCUUCAUCAAAUGGUUAAGGAGAUGGUUGGAGGUGGAAGGCUGAUUUAUGAGUAUGUUUUGGAUAAAUACGUACUACAAUCAAAGAUCUCUUCGAAGAAGACCCCUGUUCAGCAAUAUCGACAGGAAGACAAUUAUGAUGAUACUGACUACUAUGAAGAUUUGGAGCCAGUGGUGGGUGAACCAAAGACCAAAGAGUAUUACAAUAGCAAGUACAAACAGGCAGGAAAAAGACGUGGAAAAUAAAUCAUCUUACGAAUUGGAUCAAAAGAUUUAUAAACACCGUCCUGUAAAGCGCGCUUGCCUUUUAUUUUGAUAUCUCAUUUAUAUUUGAUAAAGAUAUUGCACAAAAAUGUGCAGAUAAUUUCAUUAGUUUAUGAGUUUUUCUAUUCUGUUUGCUAUGAAGUAUUAUUUUUAAUUUUGAUUGAGCGAAUGAAAUCUUGAAAAACAGUAUGAUCAAUAUUCAUAUUAAUUUAUAUGUAAUUUGCAAGUUCCUCACUAUGUUUUUUCCAAACUUUGAUAUAACCAAGUUACUGUGAGAUGUGUGUUACUUUCUGUUCUUUUUUUCAAGCGUAUUGUUACCUUGUAUGUCAGGGCAGAUUAUGUUGUGUUUCAAUAUUUUUCUCAUAAAAAAAGCAUUGUUUAAGACAGUUUCUGUGGGGAAAAAAGGAGAUCUAAUUAAAUAUCUGAUUAUUAGCAACAAAAUGUAAAACUCUUAUUUUUAUUUUGCUGUGAACCAUAAAAGAUAACUGUCUUUCUCUAUAGCACUCUUCUGUUCGUUCAAGUUAUUUUUUUUUUUCAAAUUUUUUAUAGAUACAAAACUGUUGUGUUUGAUAAUUGUCAAUCAUUGAUCCAAAUAAAACCAAUACAAAAUGGGUUUGAAAGAAGUCACAAUUUCACCUUAAUGAAACGGAUUUGGAAUGAGGUGUAUUUAGUCUAUAUUUGAAUUAUUUACAAUUGAAUGAAAUUUUUUUUAAAUAUUCAAAGUCUUUUAGUUUGCAGUAAAAUGAGAUUACUUGACCGCCUUUACUCAAUGUUUUUGCUUUGAUGAACCUGAUUGAAAAUUUGUAAGGGGGAUGUUUUUUUGUUCAAUGAAUUCAAAGAGGAUGCAAAAUCAAGGAAAGAAAGACUUACACAAACCAAAUUGUGAACUAUAUCACUAGUUAGGGCCACUCUGUCUCAUGUAGUAUCAUUAUACCUUUUUCAGCAUUAGUUUGACCUCUGAAAAUACAUCCAAAUUUUAUAAUUCAAGGCAACUGCCUUUAAAAUACCAAUAUUUUUAUAUAUAAUAUGAUUGUUUGCAACCUUUUAUAUUGUAAAAUUUAUCCUUGUUAAGAAAUUUAUUUUAUAGGUUUGAAAAUUUAAAGAAAUACAUGUCAUAACUACAUUUUGUAGCUUAGAUAAAAUUGAAUGCCAUUUUCUUAGUGUGGUAUUUCAAAAGUUUGGGAAAAAAGGGAAUAUGAUAUAUUGUCAUAUAAAGUUUGCUCAAAUAUGUAUCUAGAUUCGAAUAAAAUGAGCAUUAUUAUGUAGCAAGCUUGUAAUUGUAAAAUUGUUUGAAAAAUCAGUAUAUGAACUAAAUGUAACCCCUGUUUUUUCCAACAAAUAAAUUUCAUUUUGGUCUUGUGUCUAUUCAGAUGCCAAUAAAUUCUUGGCAAAUAAAGUUAUCCUGCAGUCAGCCAACUAUUGUGCAAAAUGACAGAUUUUCAAAUGAAGACUUGUUUUAUCAAACUUAAGGUGGUAGGUACCCAACACUUUCACUAAAAUAAAUUUGGCUCGUUUAAUUUUCAUAAAAUUUUGUCAAAAAGUAUUUACUUUGACUCUCAAUCAAAAAUAUAAAAAUUUUGAACCAACUGUUUUGUCAGAAAAAAUACACUGGUUAUAAUUAGCAGUUUGACAAACACCAAUUUUGAUCAUUGAGAAGCUUAAUAUUCCUUUUACAACACAACGUUAUUGAAACGUUAGGCUGACUUUACAGAGUUAUCUCCCUGUAGUGUUAGGUACCACCUUAAGUUAUUAGGGAAUGGUAAUUUUAACUUUAUUGUUCCUUUUUGGGGUCCUCUAUGCAGAUUGUUUUGAACAAUGAAGAUUUCUAUAUAAAAUCUAAGAAAACAGUUUCGAAUGUAAAACAGAAAUAAUUGUCAAAGUGCCACAGAUUAAUUGCAGGAUUAAAACAAUAAAUGUAUACUGUAAGAUGAUUGCUACAAAACAGGAGAAAAGCUUGAAGUGUGUGCCUUACUUUUCGUCCUUCUCCUAAAAGUGUUUACAUUUAUACAAAUAAAUUUUAUUUUCAUGACAAUGUUACUUUAUUUUAUGUUAUCAAUGAAAAUAUACUUAUUAUGUCAAAAGCCUUGUGAAUACUGGUGAAUCUUUAUGAUAAUUUUAUUUUUGGGGGUGAAAAGGGGGUGCUGACUAUACAUAGCUGCAUACUAUACACGACGGAAUAUGGUAUCUCAACCUAACACAUACAAUUCUACUUUAAACUAAAUUCCCAGUGAUUUAAAUAUCUUCCAUUAUGGUCUUAUAAGGUUGUCACAUGUAAAGAAAAUAAGAAAAUAAACUAAAACAAAUAUUUUAGUUAAUAAAAUUGUUUUUAUUUAAAAUGAAUUCAUUUGUGUAUGAAGGUAGAAAUCAUCAGAAUUUAUUCUUUGACCAUUUAUAUAUUUAGAUAAGCAUUGCUUUGUAAUAACAUAUAAUUAUUGGACUUAAUUUGUGUACGGCCAUCUUUGACUUCUAAAUUAUAGCUUAGAAUCUUUUUUUCUCUUAAUUUACCCAUGUGAAAUCAGAUAAUUACAUAAAUUUCUAUCCCUAAGCCAUGUGAUGAUAAGCUAUUCAAAAUUUGUUUCUGUCAUUUGCUGCAAAAUAUAAUAACCCUCAACAUAUCAAAGUCAUUCUGUAACCUAUGUUUAUACUUUAGUAAAGCGAAGUCAUGUAAUUACAGAUUUAAGGUUACCUUUUAUUUUGUAUUUACUUCUCAAACCCUGUCUUUGUGAAAUAUUGAAAUAAUUGCAUAAGUUCAGUUUGAUAAUAAUUUGAUAAUUUUGAUACUCAACUCUCUGUAUAGAAUACAAUAUUAUAUGAAGUUAUAUCACACUACAAAUGACUAAUGUAAAUAUGCUUUUGCUGAUAAUUUUUUUCUUUAUUGUCUAUUGAAAAUAUGUUUUUGAGAACAUUUUGUACAAAUGUUUCUAUGGUUGUUUUUGUUAAUUUUGUUUAAUUUUCAAAUAAAUUGUUUCUUAGAAAA